AUGGAGUCCGAAAACAAGAUCAAGAAACAGAAAUUGGUACUGGAAAGUGAAUUGGAAGAGGAUGAGACUCCGUUCAUACAAGAGGAUGGAGGAACCAAAUCAUUGUCCAAUCAAGACAUUACCACUACCUCUCGGCAUCUUUUUGGUGAUAGUGAGGAUGGUUUUUCAAUCAGCAUCAUCGAGAAUAUGAAAGAAGAGUAUGGACUAUUUGUAUGGCCAUGUAGUAGAAUUCUCGCUGAGUAUGUUUGGCAACAGAAGGCACGCUUUUCCAGCUCUCAUGUUGUUGAGCUGGGUGCUGGAACUUCAUUGCCUGGACUUGUUGCUGCUAAAGUGGGUGCAGAAGUAACCCUGACUGAUGAUUCAACUAGGUCGGAGGUGCUGGAUAAUAUGAGAAGGGUGUGCGUUUUAAACAAUCUCAAGUGUAAAGUAUUAGGACUCACUUGGGGUGUAUGGGAUGCACCCAUCUUCAGUUUACACCCAAAUAUCAUCCUUGGAGCUGAUGUGCUUUAUGAUACAAGUGCUUUCGAUGAUCUUUUUGCCACUGUGACAUUUUUGCUCCAAAAACUCCCAGAGUCUGUUUUUAUAACCACCUAUCACAACAGAAGUGGUCAUCACCUCAUUGAGUUCUUAAUGGAGAAAUGGGGUUUGAAGUGCACAGAGCUUCUUGAUGGGUUUUCAUUCAUGCCCUCUCACAAGGCAGCAAGCUUGAGUGGCAACAUCCAGUUGGCCGAGAUUGUCUUGGAUACUCCCAACUGA